AUGAACAAUAUUCGACAAGUUCAAGCGCUGAACAAGCGCGAGCUUGAAAAUGCUGUUCCUCCCGAAGCUUCCUGGCACGCUGAUUAUCGCGACACGGCAUACAUUUACAUCGGCGGUCUUCCAUUCGAUCUCUCCGAGGGCGAUAUUGUCACAAUCUUUUCUCAAUAUGGCGAACCAGUGCAUGUAAACCUAGUGCGCGACAAAGAAACAGGAAAGAGCCGAGGUUUUGCUUUUCUCAAGUACGAAGACCAGCGCAGUACGGACCUCGCGGUUGAUAAUCUGGGCGGAGCGACCGUGCUUGGGAGAAUACUGCGCGUGGAUCACACGAGGUAUAAGAAGCGCGAUGACGAAGAGGAUACAAACAAUGUUGCCAAAUUAAUGGGCGAGACGGCGAAGGCGGCCGAUGGCGAUACAGAUGAUGAGGGAAGGAGACGAAAGAGGCGAGGAGGCAGCGAAGAGAGGAACCGGGAGCCGCGAAAGCGCAAGCUUCUUAAGGAGGAGAUUGAGCUUGAGGAGUUGAUACGGAACCAUGACGAAGAGGAUCCCAUGAAGGAGUUUCUCAUCGAGGAAAAGCGGGAAGAGGUUGCGCAGGCCUUGGAAAGGGAGGCAAGGAAAGAAAAGUCCUCGCGAAGGAGAGACAGCCGGGAGAGGUCAAGUCGGCAUUCUCGUCACCAUCACCGCAGGCAUCGACACGAUGAAGACCGUUCGCGCUCCAGAGAAAGAAGCAGUCGGGACUACAAAGAUCGGUCGAGAAGAGAAAGAUAUUACAGAGACAGGUCUUCUGAGCGUUCUCGAUAA